UGUCUGUCACAUGUAGCAUAAUGGAUGUUAUUAGUUAACGUUGGUUAAUUUGCAGCACAGGCAGGCCCUCUGCGGACAUUUAUCAGCGUAAUAUUUCAUGAGCAGUGACUUCAGGACUGUUUCAGACUUUGGAUGGAGUCAGCACCCAAGUUUUCAUCGUUUUGUACAGUCACAGCAAGGGACCUCAGGGUUCGGGAUUCAGGCCGUACUGCACAUCAGCGAGAGAAGAAUGGUCAAGUAUUUCUGUAAUAACAUAGACAUCAGGAGCACGUGGGACCAUGUUGUCUCUGCUUUCUGGCAGAGGUACCCUAACCCAUUCAGCACCCAUGUUCUCACAGAGGACGUUGUGUACCGGGAGGUGACAGCGGACCACCAUCUUGUCUCCAGACGCCUCCUGACGAAGACCAAUCGGCUGCCUCGCUGGGCAGAGCGGUUCUUCCCCACCGGCAUGUCUCGGUCUGUGUACAUCAUCGAGGACUCCGUCGUUGACCCUGUCAACAGAAGCCUGACCACCUACACCUGGAACCUUAACCACACAACUCUCAUGUCCGUUGAAGAGCGUUGUGUUUUCCAAGACUCAGCGGAGCAGCCAGCCAACACGCAGCUGAAACGGGAGGCAUGGAUAUCCUCAAGUGUUUAUGGCUUCUCCAGACCUAUUCAGGAGUUUGGAUUGGCCCGCUUAAAGAGCAACCAGGUGAAGGCCAUGAAAGGGCUGGAAUACGCACUCUCCAACUUACAGGGAGAGACGCCCCAGUGGCUGCUCAGGUACACGGUGAAGGAUGCAUCAGGGAAGGCCAAAGAAGCAGCCAAGAACCUGGCUUCAGCUGCUGCUGCCCCACAGAAACCCCAGCAGUACAUCUGACGGGACCGUGUGUGAAGCACUGUUCAGGUGACAUGAACUCAACACAAUGCCUUUCGAGCAUCUUGAUCAUAUCAGCUAGACUGAGUUUUUGCUGGGAUCUCACCGAUCGCUGUUUUUUUUUUUUCUCUGCACUGGUUUUUUUCUAUCGUAUGAACCAACCUCUGUUGGAUUAGCUCCGUUCUCUACAGUUACACUGACUUUUCUUUCUUCCUCUCUGCUCUCAUCUGUCUGUCUUCUCUGUUUCCCCCCCUCAGCUUUCAGUAAAUCUCAGGUCUUGUCAGGUCUUGAGCCUUUGUAUGAAACCCACUGCCUUUGGGUAAACUCUCAGACCAGCAGCUCCUUUUAAUGCUGUAACUGCUUCAGUGUAAAUGCAAAGUUUGGCCAAUGUGUCCAGGCCAUUUACUUCAUACUUUUCUGUACUCUACUGUAGAAGACUAUUGAAUAAUUAUAUACUGAUAAUCAGUAAUGUAUACUUUCCUUUUUAUUGUGCAGUUCCUGCACGAUGUUAAAAUUCUUCAUACAGUUUGACACUUUGGGAUUUCACCAGUUUAUCAAUUACUUAUCAGCAAUUCAAUUAACUUAUUAUUAUGCUUUAGGUGUUGGUCCAGCCUAAAGUUCACAUUAGACCAAAUCCUAAUGCUCUGACUGCGUAGUUUUAAUUUUGCUUAAGCAAGAAAGAACUACAACUUUAAUUUAAUGAUUUUGUGUGCACAUAGGGGUUAUUUAAACAGUUAACCUUUUUGUAUAAAGGUUCCUUUCCUUAUGACAUUUGACAUUUUCUAGGUUUGCGACCGCAGUAAAUGUCUCACUUUCGAACACAGCCCUCUGUAUGUGUCACUACAGUAAGCACACAAUGCGUUCUCUAAUAUUGUGCACAUAAAUAGAAAGUUUAGUGUAAAUGCUACUCGUUAGUAAUUCCCAGCACAGCUUGUACCAGAGCGGUGACUGUCACAAGAUACCAAAGUGACUUAUAUCAAAAAGGACAGAAUGAGUGGUUUUUUUCAUCUUCAUGCACAGAUUCAUUAUGCAAUGUGAUUAGCCUUUAACUGUGUGACUGUGUGACUGAGGUGUAUUAGUUAGAAUAGAUCAUUUCAAUCUUGACAUGAAGCUGAACUAGUGAUGAAGAUGAUGGUAGGCAUCAUAUACUUUUCAAUGACUGCAUUCCCUUUUGGAUGGAAUUGACUGGAUUUUUCUGCUGCAAGACUUGAAUUAUGGCUCAGAUAUAAUUCAUGGGAUGUAUUUUGAAAUGUCAUCUGGCAUUGAGCAUUUCUAGUAUUGGGUUCACGCAGAUAUAUUUCAAACAGGUAGCAACAUGUCCAAAAAUAUGUAAAAACAGAAUCCAUUGGACUUUCAGUUGACGAUAUUUUGCAACACAUCCAAAAACAUUUUCAAUCAGAUUUUGCAUUUAUAAGUCCAGUGUUUGUUGUCUUGUAUUUUCUCUC